AUGGAUUGGUAUGAAGAGCUUGCAGACCAGGUAACACAACCUUCGGCGACUUUGGUAUUACGAGAACAAGACGGACGCCGCUACACUGUCUUGAUGGCGGCUUGCAGAUACCGAGAUAUUUUCUACGUGAUAUUUCACCAGCUAUGCUGCUUGUGGUCUAGGGAUAAAGCGGACGUGUACGAGAUUUUCGGCUCCCGCGUAACGCCGCACGCCAUUGACUUCACGUUCAACGAGAUGCAAAGGAUCUUGAACAACCACGAUCUUUCCAUCGCCAAUUUACGAUGGUUCGCCAAUUUCCCUUGCCCAUCAAAAGAACUCUUUACAGCUUUCCCAGAAGCAAGUCUCGCGGUUCAACUAGCAAGGUUCAUAGUGAAGUUCUCGGCUCAUUGGGAGUCAUUGUUAGAUCAAGCUGAGGCUGAAGACCGCCCUGUUGCAGGAUCUGUGCUAAGAAGUCGCUUACAUUGCGCUUCUCCAGUGCUGCGGUAUAUUCUUUUCGUCACCAGCUCCCUGCAGAUUGGGAUCGUGACAGGCCCCAAUGCAGCAACAUUAGACGAUCAAUUCGAUAAAGACGAAGGCGAAUGGUUUGGGGUUCGUGGGGAGACGGUACGCCAGGCUCUCGCGUUCGAGCAUGCUGGCUUCGUGCAUCGGCAGAUACCAUCAUGA